AUGGCCGUCGCACGAUCCAUUCGCCGUACCAAUCCAAUCACACUGGUCCUGGGAGGCCUCUUGACCAUCGGCUUCCUCAUCUUCAUCUUCUCCUCCACCGAUGCUGGUCCCGCACUCCAUGUCCCCGGUGCAAGACAAUUACUCAAGUCCAAAGAUGCUGCCUCCAACGCCCUCUCUCCUCCUUCGCUGCCAUUUUUCAAGUCCAACCUCAAGGCCGGCGAAAAGGCCCUCCUCCGCCAGUUUGUCCUCAUCCUCACUCCGCUUGCCCGCUUCUACGAAGAGUACUGGACCAAUCUCGUUGCUCUGACAUACCCCCACGACCUCAUCAGCUUGGGCUUCAUCAUUCCCAAGGGCCGCGAGGGCAAUGCCGCAACUGCACAACUCCAAGAACAAAUUGCCAGGACCCAAGCAAGCAGCAAGCGCUUUGCUUCCAUCACCAUUCUUCGACAGGAAGACGAGCCUCCGCUCACUAGCCAGUCUGAACACGAUCGCCAUGCCAUGUCCGCCCAGAAAGAGCGCCGUGCCGCCAUGUCGCGCGCAAGAAAUGCUCUCCUUUUCACAACUCUCGGUCCCACCACUUCAUGGGUUCUCUGGCUUGACUCGGACAUUGUCGAGACUCCUCACUCAUUGAUUCAGGAUCUGGCCGCUUUCGACAAGCCCAUCAUUGUACCCAACUGUUUCCAGCGUUUCUACGACAAGGAGAAGGGUGCCAUGGAUGUCAGACCUUAUGACUUUAACAGCUGGAUUGACAGCAACACUGCCCAAAACUUGGCUUCUAAGAUGGGCCCUGACGAGAUCUUGCUCGAAGGCUAUGCCGAAAUGGCCACAUAUAGAAGCUUGAUGGCAUACAUGAGCCAUCCCGGUGGCAACCCCAAGGACAUUGUCAACCUGGACGGUGUCGGCGGAACAGCAUUGCUCGUCAAGGGUGAUGUUCACAGAGACGGAGCCAUGUUCCCACCAUUCCCUUUCUACCACCUGAUUGAGACGGAAGGAUUCGCAAAGAUGGCCAAGCGAUUGGGAUGGAGCAGUUGGGGAGUGCCCAACUACUUUGUUUAUCACUACAAUGAGUAA